AGACUGGACACUGGGUGUUUGCUCAGUACCUGGCUGCUAAUCAAAGAACGGCCUUGUUCUCAGCACAGGAAAUUCCAAGGUGGUUUUCUAUGCUGGCCUCUCUAGUUUGGUCUCUGGAGGGUCCAGGGGCCUGAAAUGACUUGAAGAAGGAAUCUGAUUAGUUCAGCCUGCCUGUCCAGGUCUCUGAUUAUUGAGGGGGUAGCUGCUAUUUGGAGUGGCCUGGGUUGCUUUGGGCUCCAGGGGGCAUUUUCUUUGGCCCAUAGCCCUUACCCUGUCUCUGAAAUGGUUCUGGCUGAAUAACAACCUUGGGGAGUGAGUGGGGGGUGUAAUUUGGUCUGGGGCGGAGACAGGAUUGAGAACACAGCUUUCCUUGUGGCUCAGCACUGAGGGAGGGCAGCAGGAGACUGGAGAUCCAUUCCUCACUUGGUCAUUCUCAGUCCAUGAUGGUGCGGUCCCCAGUAUUCCUUGGUGCCAUCUUCUUGUCUGUUUUCCCAGGGCCCAGCGGGGCUGAUCGUGACAUGCCCAAGCUGGCUGAGUGGAAGCUGUGUGCGGAUGAGGAAUGCAGCCAUCCUAUCUCCAUGGCUGUGGCCCUUCAGGACUACAUGGCCCCUGAUUGCCGCUUCUUGAAUGUAUACAGGGGCCAAGUGGUGUAUGUCUUCUCCAAGCUGAAGGGCCGUGGACGGCUCUUCUGGGGAGGCAGUGUUCAGGGAGAUUACUAUGGAGAUGCGGCUGCCCGCCUGGGCUAUUUCCCCAGUAGCAUUGUUCGGGAGGACCUGAUUCUGAAACCUGCCAAAAUUGAUAUGAAGACAGAUAGUGUGUACCCAGGCUGGCUUCAAAAUUACUAGCCUUCAGCUCCAGCCUCCUGAGGGCUGCUUCGUUUUCAGGCAUGUGCAACUAGGCCCUGCUCAAUGCCGAGUGAUUUCUAAUUGGGAAAUGCAGAGGUUACAGGGCUGGAAGAUAAUUUGUUCAUUUCUGUGAGGUCAAACCUGGUUCUUGCACCGGUUUCCUAUCUACUGUUUUUUCCCUGUUCUCUUUUUCAGAAAUGGGAUUUCUACUGCCAGUGAGCUCAGCCUACCGUUGUCCCUGUGGUUUACCUUCCCAGCUUUAUACAAAUAGAACAGCCAACUGCAAACUGUUUUGUCUCUUUGGUUUUUGAGGUUGGGUGGACAUGUGCAAAGAAAAUGUUUCUUGGGUUUCUGAUCUAGCCAAUCAGUGACCAGAAUGUGGU